CAUGUGGAAUGUGGCCGAAGAAUUAGAUGCCAUCCUGGUUUUUGCUGAACACAGAUACUACGGGGAAUCCUUGCCGUUCGGAAAUAAGUCAUACACCGAUGCUAAGCACUUGAAUUACUUGACUUCGCAGCAAGCUCUGGCUGAUUUUGCGGUACUUAUCCAGCACUUAAAUACGAUUCCUGGAACGCAGAAUACUCCAGUGAUAGCCAUAGGAGGGUCUUAUGGCGGAAUGCUUGCUGCCUGGUUCCGAAUGAAGUACCCCCACGUAGUAAUUGGGUAAAGCCUGGCUGCAUCGGCCCCCAUUUGGCAGUUCGACAGCUUGGUUCCCUGUGGUUCCUUUCAUAAGAUAGUGACCGAAGAUUUCAAAAAAAGCGGGGUUGGCUGUUCGGAAUCCAUCCGAAAUUCCUGGGCGGCCAUUAAACGUAUCGCUGACACAGGUAGGAAGCUAACAGCGAGUAAUUGCUAA